AUGGAUGUUUUUGGAAAAGUGGAUGCCCCUGAAUCUUCUUUAAUGAAAACCCAGAUUUAUUUGACGGGGAGAAGACAUCCGAUUUAUCCCAAUUCAGCUGGGCAUUUUCAAAUUAACAAUUUACCAAAGGGAGAAUACCUAUUAAGAGUACUGGGCCCUGAAUAUGUAUAUAAUUCCUAUAUUAUAAAUAUAACCGAACAAGAAACAAAAGAUGGGACGAGACUUGUUUGCAAAAAGUUCAUUUUUGAUUACAAAACAGGAAAACCGGGAAGCACAGUAAAUAGCUAUGUUUUGAAUAUAAAACCUUUAUAUUCAACAAACAAAACAGAUGAUAGCCAGGGUGGCUUAAAAAGCCUAUUUUCUCUAUUGAAAAACCCUCUGGUUUUGAUUUCUGCUGUUUCUUUAGGAAUUACUUUUGUUCUCCCCAUUUUACAGGACAGUCUCGAUGUAGAAGCUAUGGAGGAAAUCACAGGCUCAGUUCCUGGAGGUAAGUUAUUAUUAAACUUUGUAAUUAAAUUUGGUUAA